GAACCUGGGAGGCUGAUGACGAAAUACUACCUGAAAUUUGACACAAUGAAACACAUUAUGCAGACACCCGUAAACUGCAGUUUGGAAGAUGCUCUUCAUGUUAUAUGCCGUUCUGAGGAAAUUGCAUGGAUACAGCUCAGACGUAAUGAGAAGAAGCUUCUAAAUGACAUAAACGCUGAUAAAGAUGGUCAACUUCGCUUUCAUAUCCUUGAUGACAAAGGGAAGCGAAAAAAGCGUAUUCAAACCAGAGAAGAAAAGAUAUUUGUUCUGGCUAAUGACUGCUUGACUGGUGAUCCUUCGGUUCAUGAUUUAUCCCUUACCCAGGAUAUGAACUCCAUAUGCUCAAAUGGCUGUAGAAUUGCCAGGUGCAUGAAAGAAUUUUUUAUUUACCAAAAGAAUUACAAAGGAGCCCUGAACUCAAUGCUUCUGGCAAAGUCAUUAUAUCAAAAACUCUGGGAUGACAGUCCAUACCUGCUGAAACAAUUACCUGGGAUUGGAAUGGUGACUGCAAAGGCACUACAUUCAAUGGGAGUAAAGUCAUUUGGGACACUGGCUGAGGCUGAUCCCAGGAGAAUAGAGAUAGUCACUGGUCGAAAGUACCCUUUUGGAAACCAUUUAAAAGACUCUCUACACUUGCUACCUCCAAAAGUUGAGAUGAAGGUUGAGGACACUGAAUGCCAGAGGCAAGGGAAAUUGAAGCUUGUGGUAACAUUGACUCGGCUAUCACAGACAUUCCAACCAACCAAACGACACUAUGCUGAUAUGAUUGUUGGUUCGGAAGAAGAUAACCUGAUUCUCUUUCAUGAGAAAAUAAGGUGACCCUAACUUAGUCGCUUACUUUUAAUCUUUGGUUUUUUGCACAAGAUGAAAGGAGAAUAGCAAGGGGUUCCUGCC